AUAAAAGUCCCAAUCUUGAAUCCUCCAAUAUUUUAAGUUUUUCCAAUAGCACAACUUGGUCUAAAUGAAUGUUGUGGGUGUUGUUCCAUGUCUAACAAGACAGUCUUAUAAAAUAAUUUUUCUUUUUGUUUUUUUAAAAAAAAACUCUUUCUUCUAGGCCUCAAAAUAUUAUCCCAUAGUCCAAAAAUACCCUACAAAAACCAAAGGUCUAAAAAUGACCAAAUCACCAAAAAGUCCUCACACCUCAAACUCUUCUCAUUUAUCUCCGCCCCCUAUCCAAACCAAUAUAAACCACCAUUACAAAUACAAAUAUAACACACACACACUAAACAGAGUUGAGAAGAAGAAAAAAAUGGCAGCAGAGUCAGUGACAAGAAUGUCAUCUGCAGCUGCAUCAUCACUCUGCAACUUUAACGGGUCAAAAAGACCCGUACCCGUUUCAAAUCGGGUCACUUCUUCUUCUAGAAGGAAUAGAUGUGUUAAGCUACAGUCACUUGCUUCUGCUUCUAUGUCUGAAUUCUUUGGAAGUUCAAGAUUGUCUUCUGUUAAUGCUUCUACAAGUUCAAGAUUGUCUCAUAAAACAAGAAAGAAUGGAUUUGGAUUUUCUGUUGUUGCUAUGGCUGCUUCUGAAGAGGAGAAGAGAACUGUGCCUUUGAAGGACUAUCGCAAUAUAGGAAUUAUGGCUCAUAUAGAUGCAGGAAAGACAACUACUACUGAACGAGUUCUUUACUAUACUGGCAGAAACUAUAAAAUUGGUGAAGUGCAUGAGGGAACUGCCACAAUGGACUGGAUGGAGCAAGAGCAAGAGAGGGGGAUUACAAUUACUUCUGCUGCUACUACCACCUUCUGGAACAAGCACCGUAUCAACAUAAUUGAUACUCCUGGUCACGUGGACUUCACUCUUGAAGUAGAGCGUGCCCUCAGGGUUUUAGAUGGGGCCAUAUGCUUGUUUGACAGUGUUGCUGGCGUGGAACCUCAAUCAGAAACUGUUUGGAGACAAGCUGACAAGUAUGGAGUCCCAAGGAUAUGUUUCGUGAAUAAGAUGGACCGCCUUGGAGCUAAUUUCUUCCGAACAAGAGACAUGAUAGUAACAAACUUGGGCGCUAAACCACUUGUACUUCAGAUUCCAAUUGGAGCAGAGGAUACAUUCAAAGGUUUAGUUGAUCUUGUGAUGAUGAAAGCUGUUGUUUGGUCAGGAGAAGAAUUAGGGGCAAAAUUUUCCUAUGAGGCCAUUCCUGCGGAGCUGCAAGAGCUGGCUGAGGAGUAUAGGGCACUGAUGAUUGAGACUAUAGUUGAAUUGGAUGAUGAUGUUAUGGAAAAGUACCUGGAAGGAGUUGAACCUGAUGAGGCAACCAUUAAACGGUUGAUCAGGAAAGGAACUAUCGGUGGUAGUUUUGUCCCGGUCUUGUGUGGCUCGGCUUUCAAGAACAAGGGGGUUCAGCCGCUUCUCGAUGCAGUUGUGGAUUAUUUGCCUUCUCCAGUUGACUUACCACCCAUGACUGGAACCGACCCUGACAACCCAGAAUUGGUCAUUGAGAGGGCCGCAAGUGAUGAUGAACCAUUUAGUGGUUUGGCAUUUAAGAUCAUGAAUGAUCCAUUUGUCGGGUCUCUCACAUUCGUCAGGGUAUAUUCAGGAAAGCUUACUGCAGGAUCAUAUGUGUUGAAUGCAAACAAAGGCAAGAAAGAGAGAAUUGGCAGACUUCUGGAAAUGCAUGCUAACAGCAGAGAGGAUGUAAAAACCGCGUUAACUGGUGAUAUUGUUGCUCUUGCUGGAUUGAAAGAUACAAUUACAGGAGAGACAUUGUCUGAUCCCGAGAAGCCUGUUGUACUUGAGCGCAUGGAUUUCCCAGAUCCUGUUAUAAAGGUUGCAAUUGAACCCAAGACCAAAGCGGACAUUGAUAAGAUGGCGCAAGGCUUAAUCAAACUGGCUCAAGAGGAUCCAUCAUUCCAUUUUUCACGGGAUGAGGAGAUUAACCAGACAGUUAUUGAGGGAAUGGGAGAAUUACAUCUUGAGAUCAUUGUUGAUAGACUGAAAAGGGAAUUUAAG